CUGAAGGAUACAGCAUCUUAUAUUACCUGUGGGUUUGAGAAGUGAAGAAUAACUCUGAUCACACGGUGACUCGAUUUGCCUAUGUUUUGAUGGAAAAAUGAAAGCAUCUAGAAUACAGCAUUUUUUAUACAUCUAAAACUGCCUUUGACUACAACAUCUAUUCCCUUAAAAACACACACAAAAUGUCAGAACUUGACCCUUCAUCUGGAUUAGUAGGAAACAUGGAAAAUGGGACUUUUCUGGAGCUAUAUCCCACAUCCCUGUCAACUUCAGUGGAUUCCUCAGCUGGCCGCUUAUCAAAUGUCUAUGUCUAUGUUUCUAUAUUUCUCAGCCUCUUAGCAUUUCUUCUUUUGCUAUUAAUCAUUGCACUUCAGAGGCUGAAAAACAUCAUCUCUUCCAGUGCUUCUUACCCAGAAUACACUAGUGAUGCUGGAAGUUCUUUCACUAAUUUAGAAGUUUGUAGUAUUUCUUCCCAGCGAUCUGCUUUCUCAAACCUUUCUUCAUGAAAAGAAAUGAAGGAAAUACAUUGGGAAAUGGAACAACUUUGUCUAUCUUUUGAGGGAAAUAGUGCAUGUAACAUUGGCCAUUGAGGACUAUUAAUCAUGAAAGAGGUGACUUUUAGAGUUCUCUUUGAGUUUUCUUUC